AUAUUUUUGUAUGUUACGGCGGUAUCACCUAUUAAGGAUUAUCUCAACUUAAAUACUAACAGAAUAUGAAAUGUACAGCGAAGAUACGAGGUCCGAUUGUCUCAUUUUUCUACUCUAAAAAUAAACCAUAAGCACACUUUAUAGAGAAAAGAAUAUUUCCUGUUUUAAGCAACAACAUGAUGUUUUACGCAAUGAUCGCAUGACGUUUGUAGAAUAAGAUUGAUAACCUUUGUAUUUUCAACCGAAUAAACUGUUAAUCGAAAAUUAUAAUAUAGAAAAGAUCGUAUUGCUUGAUUGACAAUUAUUACAUAGAUUAUAGUUAAAAGGUUUUUUCAAAAGUAAUUACUGCGUUUUAGUAGGUUGACGUUUUCACAAUUUAAAAAUUAUAGAAUGGUCCAUCGCAUAAUUCUGUCAGCAAAUUAGACUAGGAAGUAACAGAGAGCAUGCGAUAUGCAUCUGAAAAGGUAUAAAACCGAUUACAUUGUGUCCAGCCGCCUUUAUAUAUAAUUUCACAAGAAUACCCGUCCAAUAUUUUCGAUUGGAAUGGACAAAGCGGUCGCUUUUUUGUACGUGGCAGUAGCUACUAUCGGGGCAAUUAGUGUUCCGUUCAGCAAAGAAAUGGCUGUGCUAGAGUGUAAAUCGCAUUUCGCCGUUACAAAAAACGACGUAGAACUCAUACGGAACCGUAGGAUGCCCGAAUCUCAAGAAGGAAAGUGUAUGAUGGCCUGUGUGAUGAAGAAAAUGAAAAUUAUGAACAAGCAUGGUCAGUUUGACCUUCCACGUGUCAAGAAAUGGAUGCGCAAUACUUACAAAGGAGACACAGCCAAAUUAACGAAGGCUACCAUGAUCGCUGAUGAAUGCGCAAAAGAAUUAAUGACUGCCACUGCUUUAGAUGAAUGCGAUAUGGCCGUACAGAUUAUGAAUUGUACGAAGAAGAAGGCUAAGCUUGCAAAAAAAGCAAGUGCUGAUGUUCGAAAGUAAUCUCUAAUUACCUACAAACCACUCAUUAUUAUAUUCAAUAUCUGCAUUGUAAAAUUUUACGUCAAAUAUAAAUUUAACUAUA